GAGUCGCGAGCAGACUAUCCAGCAGUGAAAGGAAGACUGUAAACCUGGAAAGAGGGAGAUACAACCGACGCGGAGAAGACAGUCGUUCAUUGCAGCUCAAAAACGGGCUUUUUGCUUCCACUUUCCGAACAGACAUAUUUUUUCACCCAGUUUGUUCAGAAAUGUUUCAGAACUUUACCGAGUGCGAUUCUUCACGAUGCAGCACCGCAUCGCCUGGCGGAGACAGUCUACCGUACUAUCAACAUUCUCCGUCUGAUUCUGUCAGCAGCAUGGGCUCGCCCAUGAAUACCCAUCAGGAUUUUUGCACAGAUAUUGAUGUCUCCAGUUCUCCGUUUGUUCCCACUGUUACUACAAUUUCAACCAGCCAAAACUUGCAGUGGAUGGUCCAGCCUACCCUCAUCACCUCCACUCCCCCUGUUCAGAGCAGAGCACACCCCUAUAAAGUCCCAAGUUCCAAAAUUGCUGGAGCCAGAGGGCAAAGCAUUGGAAGAAGGGGAAAAAUUGAGCAGCUUUCUCCGGAGGAGGAAGAGAAAAAAAAGAUCAGGAGGGAGAGGAAUAAAAUGGCUGCAGCAAAGUGCCGCAACAGAAGGAAAGAACUCACUGACACCCUGCAAGCUGAAACUGAUAAUCUGGAAGAUGACAAGGCAGCCCUGCAAAUUGAAAUCGCCAACCUUCUAAAAGAGAAGGAAAAGCUGGAAUUAAUCCUGGCUGCUCAUCAGCCGGCCUGCAGAAUGACAGAAGAUAUAGAUGCUCUCUUCCAUGAGCCCGCAGGCUUCCCUCAGGAGGCCACUGCAGAUGAAGAUUCCAAAGUCCAAAGCAGCACUCUAAGGGCUUCUACUCUCCAAGACCUGGAGAUGUCAAUCUUUUCAACAACACCCAUUUCAGGGAAUUCAAACCUCUUGCUUUGCUCCAGUGCUGAAGUAAGUGUUUCAGAUCUAGAGCCUUCCUUGGAUUUAAAAGAGGAACCCCUCGAUGAGCUUCUUCCGACCACAGAGAGAAGCACCAUGGAGACCGCCCGAUCAGUUCCUGACAUAGACUUGUCUAGUUCCUUUGGAGUUGCAGACUGGGAAACCCUCUACAAAUCAGUGUCCAAUGACCUGGAGCCCCUCAGCACCCCAACUGUAACUUCCACCCCCACGUGCCCCACAUAUCUGUCUGCCUUUGCGUUUACCUAUCCAGAUUUAGAUUCUUUCCCUGACUGCGGAGAGAAUCCUAAAGGAGGGAUCAACAAGAGUGACCCUGCAUUAAAUAUUCUCAAUUCUCCAACUUUGUUGGCCUUGUAGUGGCCCUUACUUAGGACAGUCAAAGACUAGAUCUUCAGCUCUUGACAAUGAUCCAUGCCUUUGAUCAAGGGUUUAUAUUAAAAAUAUAUAUAUUUACAGAGUAAAACGGUAUUUACUACUUCCAGAAAUGUUGCUAAAAGCAAGGAAAUCCUACUCAUGAACGGAAAACCAUUAUGAUCUGGUAUUAACAGCAUGCUGAGCAGUGCCAUAUAAGUUAAUGAACUGUCAAUAUCCAUUUUCUGGUGCUAGAUCUUUUAAUGUAAUUGUGCAGCUGUUGAAACAAUAAGUACUGUAUUGUGUUUUAAUAGCAAUAGUCUGUUACUGUAUAACACAAAUGAAUAUGGUGUUUAAAUAUACAUGUCCUGUACUGGCAUACCUCAACUUUCAUUGUAAUGUAAAUGAUCUGUGAUUGACAUCAUUGUUUUGAAAGUGGUUUAAAUGUAUAGUUUUCCAUGAAAACAUGUCCUCUAUUAUUUAUCAAGAUGUAUUUUAAGAUAGUUUAUUUUUCUACUUUUAAGAGUGUUGACCUGUUUGUGAAGUUUUAACAAAGAAAAUACAAAUAAGCAUUGAUUGCUUACUGCAAUGAUAUGGUCAAUAAAUAUAUAUAUAAACUGUUAUAUCUCAUUAUUAUUUUUAUUUAUGUAUUUCUUUUUGCAACUUUAAAUACAGGAAUUUGAUUCACUAUUGUGAACAUGUCACUAUCACAGCAUGAACAGAAUCUAUUCUGACUGUAGUAGCUAUUCUUUUAAGGUCUAUAUGAAUACACGGAGGUGGAUCUAAAUGCUCUAUAUUAAAUUUCUCUGUUUUCCUCAAGAGCGAUUUAUUGCAC